AUGAUUCACAUCCUGCGGUUGCCGUGUAGGCUGGCCAACGCCGUCUGCAGCGUCAUCCCAGAGUGUUCUGGCGAUGUGUGCGUCUCGCUCUCUGGCGCGCUAUCCGAGGCGUGCAAGUGGUUGUGCGGCGCACUGAAGAUGUUGGCCGAGCUGUUUUGCGAGCUAUGGUCAGCAAGCGGCAUUCUGGGCGGAGCCCUCCUCCUGACUGCGACUGUCAACGGGGUUGUCAUCUGGGCUGCCAUCAGCUCGAUAAAGUCAAAAGAGGUGGAAGGAUGCCCUGAUCGCCUCUCUGGGCUGAUCAAGACCGAUCUAGUCCUGGCCAUCUUCCACGUUGCCUUCGUCGUUUAUUUGAAGGUGCAAGUCGAGCUGAAAGUGAAAUCUCUGUCAGGUGAUUGUCCUGAACUUCGCGGAAAUCUCGACGAGGUGGUGAGGAUGAGUUUCGCACACAUCAUAUGGCACGAUCUCGUCGUCGUCUUGUACUUGAUCGUGUGGCUGUAUUCCUUCUACGAAAACUUCCUCGGUGUCGGCAUCGUCGCGGCGUGCGACAACUGGUCUAUCGACCAUCUGACGAUGGCUCACACGUGCGUCGACUGGGAGAUCGCGUAUGCAGCGCUGACGGUCUUUUUCGGGUGUUACCUGCACCUGAGACUGACGUGCCCCUGCUGCGGACGCGCAGGUCGGUCGCGGGGCCGACGCCAUGGGCGCGCCCACGCGCGCGAGGGGCUGGUGCCACUUGGCACGGCGCCCUCCCUUUCCUCGGGUUGCUUAUGA